CUAAGUGAAAACCGGAAUUUCCUAGCAGUUGAUAACAGUUUGUUUAUGUGAAAAGAACAACGUUUCAAUUGUUCUAAGAAGAAGAAAUAAAAAAAUUCUUUGAAUGUUACAGGUAUGUUGUUCGAAGCGUUUUAUAUUUAGUAUUACAUCUGCAUCAUCUCAGUUCCUCUGUACUCAUCACUCUACGUCUACAUAUCGACAAAUUAGCUGCGUAUUACUAUCACUGACAGAAUUAAGAUAAAGCCAAGGGGUCUGAGCGCAAUUGGUUAUGGACGUUUGAUCAGUGCCGUUGAAUCAGCGUGUUGAUUUGUAGUAAAAACAGAUGCAUUGAAUGCCACUCGCGAAUAAAAGAAAUCAUGUGCCAUAUCAGGUCAUCGUCCACUUAAACUUGUUUAAAUUGAGAUUAACAGCAAUACAAAAUCAGGACAACAAAACAUCAACAGAGUUGUGUUAAAUCAGAAUUACCAAUCAAAUUCGCAACAUCACUAUGGCACACCUUCAAAAUUAGGUAUAAAGAGGAGUGCUUGAGAACGUGGUGUUUUAUUGUAUUUUUCUUUCGCUGGUGGUUGAAGUGUUUUUAAUUUUGUUACUAUAGUAGCAAGCAUAUAAGCUAAGAUAAAUCUUUAAAAUAAAAUGGCAAAGUUAAGUACGUGCUGUGUCGUAUUGUUGAGCCUCGUGGCGUUGUGCCGAGGACAAUCUGAAGAGGACGAAUACUGUACGACUGCCUCUAAUCAACUGAUGUGUUUGAAAAUGACACAGGACAGAACUGACGAGGGUGAUCCGAUCACAACAGAACAAGGCCAGCCCAUUGGAGAUAUUGCCAAUUCAAAAACGUCUGGCGCUCGGGGACCAUCGCUGAUCGAAGAUCCGCUUCUUCUGAAGGAACUGGCGAAAUUCGACCGAGAACGAAUUCCGGAACGCGUUGUCCACGCUAAAGGUGCUGGCGCUUAUGGGAAAUUAAGUAUCACCACCAACUUCCUAGAAAGAUACUCGAAGGCUGCAGUUUUUCGAAAUGGAGCAAGCAGUCCACUGUUUCUACGGUUUUCCCAAGUUGCUGGUGAAUUAGGGUCACAAGAUACUAUCCGAGACGUUCGUGGAUUUGCUAUCAAAGUUAAAAGUACCGAAGGUAUUUGGGACCUUGUAGGCAACAAUCUUCCAGUGUUUUUCAUCAGAGAUGCACGACUGUUUCCGUCGUUCAUACAUUCACAAAAAAGGAAUCCUCAAACGCAUAUAAGAGAUCCGAACAUGGUCUGGGACUUUCUAACACUUCGCAACGAGUCAACGCUCAUGGUUUUGCAUUUGUACAGCGAUCUUGGAACGCCUGCAUCAUAUCGUAAAAUGAACGGCUUUGGUGUUCACACGUUUAAACUGGUUGAUUCGCAAGGCAAUUACGUUUUCGCUCGGUUCAAUUUUAGAGUCGAUCAGGAAUUAAGAAAUAUGACAGCAGCGGAAGCAAUGGAGAUGGCUGGACGAAAUCCCGACUACCUGUUACAAGAUCUUUACGAAAAUAUAGCACAGAGAAAUUAUCCAUCUUGGACAUUUACAGCUCAGAUUUUGACUCCACAACAGGCUAACACCCUAAGAUUUAAUCCAUUCGAUCCGACGAAGAUUUGGUUCACAGACGAGAUACCAGAGUACGAAGUAGGAAAGCUAAUUCUAAACGAGAAUCAUAACAACUACUUUGCCGAAGUAGAGCAAUCUGCGUUUGAUCCGGCAAACAUGCCACCCGGCAUCGAACCAUCGCCAGACAAAUUGCUACAGGGAAGACUGUUUUCUUAUCUGGACACUCAGUACUAUAGAUUGGGUGUUAAUUUCAAUCAUCUCCCAGUUAACCGACCUUUAAAUACGGUAGUUGCCAACAGUUACAGAGAUGGUCACAUGAUUUAUGAUAAUGAUGGAGGCAUGCCGAAUUACAAUCCGAAUUCAUUCAUGAAAGCAUCCCCGAUUCCACAGUACAAGGAGAGUGCAUAUAAUCUAGAUGAUGUUGUUGUGGACAGACACGAGCCCCCUAAUGACAACUUUUUCCAGGCUGUAUAUCUCUACGAAAGUUUCAGCGAAACCGAUAAGGAUCACUUGGCUGAGAAUUUAGCCACUGAUCUUAGGAAUGUGUUUCCUUUUAUCAGGGAGCGAGCACUUCAAAAUUUUGAGGCAGUUAGCAGCGAUCUAGUGAAUAGACUUCAAAGGAUGUUGUAAGGUGUUUAAAUGUUAGUGUAACGAAUUACGAAUUCAAAUGUGAUCUUAUAAUUAUGUUCUAUGAAUAAAUUUGUGCUAUUUGUCACUA